AUGCUCAUCUGGGCUCGACCGACCAGCAAGUGCUCAGUUUAUGGGGUAUGUGGACCUUUUGGUAGCUGCACUGACUUCACCUUACCCUUCUGUUAUUGUGUUAAUGGAUUCAGGAUCAAGUCUCAGACAGAUUGGGAUUUGGGUGAUAGAAGUCAGGGCUGCGAGAGGAAGACUCCUUUACAAUGCAGUGGUCUAAACAACUCUGUCGAUUCAGAGAAAGAUGGCUUCUUUGAGAUGACAAAUGUCAGGCUGCCUGAUAGCCCCAACACUUUGGCCACAGCUGGAAGCAGGGAAGGCUGCGAGUUGUCUUGCUUGAGUAAUUGCUCCUGCAAUGCUUAUUCCUACAACGAUAGUGGCUGCUUUGUUUGGUAUGGAGGGUUGCUGAAUCUGCAAGAACAAUAUAAUCAGUCUGAUGCAGGUACUCUUUACCUGCGCUUGGCUGCCUCGGAGUUGCAAUCUUCUGAAAGCCACAAGAAGAGAAUGGUAGCUCACAUAUCCAACGGGGUCGUCGGGGUCAUCGUGCCAGCUGUUGUAGUUUGUUUGUUCAUCAUUGGGGGUUUGAUAUGGAAGCGAGAGAGGAGGAGAGCUACCCAAAACUCAAAAAUUGUGCAGAAUUCUAUGGUCUCCUUCAUGUAUGAUGAGCUGCGGAUGGCCACCAAAAACUUCUCUGAAAAGCUCGGAGGAGGGGGAUUUGGAUCUGUGUUUAAAGGGUCGUUGCCCGGCUCAAUUGAUAUUGCUGUGAAGAAGCUUGAGGGUCUUUACCAAGGCGAGAAGCAGUUCCGAUCCGAGGUGAGCACACUAGGAGCUAUUCAACAUGUAAACCUCAUUAGGCUAAUUGGCUUUUGCUCUCAAGGGACCAAAAAGUUGUUGGUCUAUGAGUUAAUGCCAAGCGGUUCGUUAGCUGAUCAGCUUUUUCGUAGCAACUCGAAUGUUUUGGACUGGAAAACAAGAUAUCGAAUUGCUAUCGGAACUGCAAGAGGAUUAGCUUAUCUUCAUGAGCAAUGCAGGAACAACAUCAUACAUUGUGACAUUAAGCCAGAGAACAUACUAUUGGACGAUGCACUUGUGCCAAAAGUAGCCGAUUUUGGUCUAGCAAAGCUCGUCGGAAGGAACUUUAGCAAAGUUCUCACAACCAUUAGAGGAAGUAGAGGGUACAUUGCACCCGAAUGGAUUUCAGGUAUGCCCAUCACCACCAAAGUAGAUGUUUACAGCUACGGAAUGAUGUUGUUCGAGAUCAUAUCCGGCAAGAGAAAUUUAGUCUGUGCAACAGAAAGUUGUUUUGAGUUUUUUCCAUCAGUGGCAACAAGCAAACUCAUUAACGGAGAUGUCGAAGUCUUGCUAGACCACCGUCUUGAGGGGGAAGCUGACAUGGGAGAGCUUGCAAUAGCUUGUAAAUUGGCCGGUUGGUGCAUUCAAGAUGAUGAGAGUUCCAGGCCAACGAUGAGUCAAGUUGUUCAAGCUCUAGAGGGUAAUCUAGACAUCAACAUUCCUCCUAUUCCUAAGUUUCUCCAACGUCUAUCUGACUCUUGUGCCGACAACAUCAAUUCCCCUGGAAACUUCUCUUCAAAUCAGAACUCCAACAGUCGUGCCUCUUCAGCUGAGAUAAACAAUGCUACAACUUAAGCUCUGGUUCAGACAGAACAAAGAUAUGCUUCAAGUCCAUUUGUUAUGUGAUCCCAUCCAAAAGCGGUGAGAGAUGGAAUGCCGAUGAGGUGACUAAAAUGUGGACCAAGUCACCAUGACGAGGGAGAAGAAGAUGAGCUGUCUGUCUUCUAGGUUGACUGGAAUACUAUACCUCCAAGAAAAGCCAAGAAAAAGGAGACCAAAUGUGCCAGAAAGUCUCUUGUCAAUGACGUUUGCAAGGUUGCUAGAAGACAGGAAAAGGUAGACAAAGCGUUAGAGGAAGACCGGGGGUGCCCCAGCUUUCCACUUCGGCGUUUGAUGCCAAAAAUGGAGAAGAUAAAUAGUGUAAGAGAAUAAUAAAAUACAGGUGUAUGAGUAAGGAGUAUCCAGUGUACCUUGACCCGUAGGAGCACGACUUUUUAUAGCAUGAAGGAGUUAUGUGUCACAUCCAUGGCUGCUAGAAGAGGUGGUGCAUUUCUUAACCCGAUGUUAUAUUUACAUUAAAGAAUAUGUUAUGUCAAAGGUAUUAGAGGAUCAUGUCACCCAUA